AAUACCAUCAAACUAUGAACCUGAACUUCUUUCAACUGUACUGUUUGCAGAUCAGGAUUUAAUGCUUAGUGUAACGUAUCUUAUUUUCUAAUGUUCUAUUAAGACGCUCAACGAUGCAGUGUCAAGAUGAUAAAUACUUCCAUUCUAAGAUGAAAAUCUGUACAGAUUCAUGAUGGAAAAAAAUUUAACAGCCAUAAGUAAUGUGGCGGAGAAUAUUGUUGCCAAAACUAAUCAAAUAAAAGGUUGCUUGAUCAAUGCAAAAUUACAAAAUUAGCAAGAUGAUAUGGUGAAAAAGACCCUGGAUGAAAUUUUACAGAUGGCAGAACUAAUUUCAACUCAUGGAAAGACAAGCAAAGAACAAUUAUCCAAAACUGAAAAAUUGGCUAGAGAUGGAAAGCUGGAGCUGGCAAGGUUGAAAAAGGAGAAUUUUAAGCUUAAAAGAAAGGUUGAUGACUAUGAGGCAGAAGUGACGGAUGAAUCCUUUAACAGUCUACCCUCCUCACAGGAACUUCUACCCUCCUCGCAGGAACUUCUACCUUCCUCACAGGAAGAUACUCCAGCCAAGAAGCAAAAGAUUUCUGAUACUGAUAUGGAGAAAACGUUUGUCCCUACUGAUGAAGAAAAGAAAUAGGA